UGCCAUGCUCGCAACCGCCUUGCGCCGCGGUGCUCGAAGCUUCUCCGCCAUGGGGAGGCGUGGCAAGACGUUUUCAAACAAGCGCUCUAUGGGUGACUGGCUGAAGAAGGACCCCAGACUUGAGGCAUGGAACGACGUCCGUGACAAUAUUGACGAUAUGGUCGACCUCUCAGACUUCAGGACAUUUGCAAGCGUGUUCAUCUACGCCAUCUGCGUUCCAACUGCACUUUACUACGCUAUUAGCUCGGAAGGGAUAGUUCCAAACGGCGAUAGCUCGACAGGACUGCGGGUUGCACAGCAUUUGCGGCUCCCAGUCGACAAGGAGUGAAGAUCAGUUAUGCUGUAGCAUCUUUACGUGUAUCAUGAUCGGCCAUAUCUCCCUUGCUUCACUGCAUUACUUUCGCACUCUGUGCAUUAUGAAAGAACCGAGCUAACAAUAAAGAAACAAUGAAGUCUC